AUGCAAACAACAAACGGAUUUAAGGAUCUGGAUUCUUUCCAUUACGAUGAUAAAGAUUUGACUACAGACACUAAACAUUGGGAUGACAAGGAGUAUCAUCUCAGUGAGUUUGACAAACUGCUGAGAGGAAAGUGGGAUGAAUGUAUGAAGAAUGGACACUUUAGGUAUCACCUGGACAAGGUGGAAACUAAAAUCAUUCCAGGGGAGAAAAGAUAUGUAGCUCAGCUUAAUGUCAAAAGGGCCACAGAGCGAAGGAAACCCCAAGAGAUCACCAUCGUAAAUCAGCCAUUUAACCUUAACCUCUUCAAUUUUUCCCGUAUAAAGCCUGAUGAGGUGUUGUUCUUGUUGGAUAGAAAGACUGAAAGUCCUCCUGAUACAACAAGUGUGGAGGGGGAAAUGUGUGAUGAUACAGAGGAUGAUGCUGGUAAACAGUGUGUCAUACAGGAUAAACCACAGAAUCUGGUUAUAAUAAACAUUAGCCCUUUAGAGUAUGGCCAUGUCCUCCUAGUACCAGACGUUUACUCCUUCAAACCACAGAUGUUGACAGAGAGUGCAAUACAAUUAGCUAUGGAGACUCUUCUGUUAAGUGGACAUCAUGGCUUCCGUUUGGGGUUCAACAGUCUUUGUGCAUUUGCAUCCGUCAAUCAUCAACAUCUCCAUGCCUACUACCUGGAACAGGAAUUGUUUGUUGAAUCCUGUCCUGUGAAACACCUGAAGGGAAUCUUAUAUGAAUUGGAGGUGAUGCCAACAAAGGGAUUUGUGUUCCAGUUACAUGGAUCAACAAUAGAAGAAGUCUCUAGGGUGAUUUAUCUAGUGGCAGAUUACAUGCAGAGGUCUGAGGUAGCCCACAACCUGUUUAUAACCCGAGGCACUGUGUUUGGGGAAGACAAAACCAGUCGCAAUAGGACUGUCAGGUUAUUUCUGUGGCCAAGGAAAAAGUUUAUAGGUGUAAAGGAAGAGGCAUGUUUUAAUGUGGCCGUGGUAGAGCUAGCAGGACACCUACCAAUUAAAGUAUCUGAGUUGUAUGGAGGACUUACAGAAGAGUCUAUCAACGAUACCAUCCGGGAAGCACAGCUGGAUGAAGCAGAGUACCAAACCAUAAAGGACAAUGUUAUGAAGUUGUACACUCCAGCAAACAGCUCCAGUUAA